UUAGAAUCCGUCCAGUUCAAUUUGUUAUUUCUCGAACACCUCAAAACUUAGGCGUUGUAACUGUGGUUUUCAGUUUAGUUGUACAGAUACUUGGGGCAUAUUGAAUGUAUUAUUAGUCACUGGAAAAAAAUAGGAAAAAAGUAGAAGUUAUUCAAAAUAAAGAAGGACGUCACUGACAGUUAUUAUUCAGAGUUCAUGAGUCGUGUGUGCGUCAUCGGAGCUGGUGCAGCUGGUCUUUCAGUACUCCGGACAAUCCCGUCCCAAUUGAUCCACAACGGAAUCAAAGUCACGUGCUUCGAAGCUUCAAACACAGUUGGAGGCGAAUGGAACCAAUAUCGACCGAAAGCGACUCCUAAGAAUAAUGUCUAUUCGAAUAUCAACGAAGAAGUUUUGCCUGAGUCGAGUAUGUAUAAGAAUUUGAUCACGAAUCUGCCCACGUGUUUCAUGCAGUAUCCAGACUAUGAUUGGGACAAUAACAGGUCGUCGUCUUUUGUCCACCACUCAGAUGUGGCUCACUAUUUGGACAGCUACUCAACUCACUUUGAACUUGAUAGAUUCAUCCACUUCAACACAAGAGUGACUAAUUUGAGACGAUCGCCUGCAGCGACAGCAACAGUGGAAUUGACUAAAUGGCUAGUUACAGCUUCUACCGAAGGAUCCAAUGAAUCGAAGGAACAGGAGUUUGACUACGUUUUCAUAUGCACUGGACACUUCAAAUUCCCAAGGUAUAUUGAGAUACCAGGACUGGAAAAGUUCAAAGGUCAAGUUAUCCACAGCAAGUUCUACGAUGACCCGAAAGACUUCGAAGCAAAAACAGUUCUUAUUAUCGGAAACGGAAUGUCAGGAAUUGACAUUUGCACUGAGUUGAUCCCGAAAGCAUCACAUGUUUAUGUUUCUGGGGCUACGAUAAAGGAUUGUUUCGGAAAAGAGAAAAACGUUUCAGAAAUUGCUUUAGUUCAACAAUAUGAAGCGCAUACACAUUCAUUUGUUCUAGAAAGUGGACAGGUUUUGGACGCCAAAAUUGACAGUGUUAUUUUUUGUACCGGUUAUACGUACGAUCUUCCAUUUGUAGACAAAGAGUCUUGUGAACUUAAAAUAGAAGAUGGAUUUAUAAGUCCAAUGUUUGAAUUUGCAGUACAUGCUAAGUACCCUAGUUUGUUUUUAAUUGGUCUGAACCAACGCGUGGUUCCGUUUCCAUUUUUCUACUACCAGAGCUCUUUUUGUUGGUCCUUUAUUGAAAAUGACUAUGCAAACUUGCCCUCGAAUGUGGAGGAACUUGCGAAAACUGAAGAACGUGACAGAUUGAAGACUAAGAAGAAAAGGCACUUUUUCUGGCUGGGCGCGGAAGAAGGGGCCAACUUCAGCAGAUACUAUGCGGAGGUCAGCUGUAAAAUCGAUGGGUUUAGAUCAAUUUCGGAAGCCAUAGCAAAAGUAGCUGAAUUGAGAUUCAAAUAUCCAUGUGAAUACAAAAAGUGGACAGUUCAACUAGAGGAAGAUGGUUCAGUUUUGAUAUCAGAGACAAAACCAGGGUCAUAAUUUUGCAAUUUUUAUUAAAUUGUAAAAGUUAAUUCUACCUAGAGAAUGAUAUUUUGUUACUGAAUAUUUCUAUAAUCGAAAUCCAUCGAGUAAUGUAUUUUUGACUAUUGUCUGUUAUAUCACUGUAUCCUGAUCUGAUGAUGUUCAGCCCAAAAUUCAAUUCGAUUCAAGCUAAAUUAUUUUGUUAUUUAAAUUGCAGGCGUACUCUCUGGUGCCUUGUUAUAA